AUGGCGAUGCCCACUGCUCUCAAGGCCUUAACUUUCUUGUUUGUGCUUGCAGUUCUUGCACCAGAUCAGUCAGAAGGGCGCCAUCAUCAUCCUGAUUGUCCUUCUUUCUCGUGCGGCCCUUUCAGAAACAUAUCGUCUCCAUUUCGUCAGGCAAGUGAUCCACCUGGGUGCGGCUAUCAAUCUUAUGAGCUGGUUUGCGGUGAUACAAAGGCUACAAUUCACAUCGACAACGUGACAUACAAUGUCUCUGCCAUCAACGACAGUGGUUCUUACUUCUGGGUAGUCGAUGCGGACAUGGAUUUGUACAGCAGCUGCCCUCUACCUCGGUGGAAUCGGCCUCCCUCUAAAUACCAUGACGGCAUGGAAGUCGAAUUGGAACCCCGUUCAAGUAGUCAGGCUUGCUUUCUUAAAUGCUCUCGGGAAGUAAAGGACAAUGGUAUGUACAUGCCUGUUGCUUGCCUUAGCACCAAUGAUACUUAUGUUUACGUGUUAACUGGUUAUGGAUCUAUGUCAAUGAAGUAUCUCGAGCCUUCUUGUGGGUACUUGGCCAUGAUUCCUCGGCCUUGGGACAGUUCAGUGCCUUGGUACUAUGCGCAGCUAGAAAAUGCAAGUUAUGUAGAUGUUGUGAAAUCCAUGAGGAUUGGAUUUGCCAUUAAAUUCCCUUUCAGAUAUGAUAGGAUGAGCAGAAGCAUCAAGGAGUGCCUAAUACUCCAGUUUCGCGACUUCUCGCAAGAGUGUAGUGAAGGCGUCAUGAGUUGUCUUCUGCAAAUUCUUUUGGUCGAUGGAAAUUUCUGGUACUGCUUAGUGUAUGCAACUGGAUUUGGUGUUUAUGCCUCAUCAAUCAUACCAUCCGUCUUCUGGUUUGUCAAGUGCAUUGCUGUGUUAUGCAGGUUUGUGUUGGCACCACCGGCUGUGUUGAUCUUCCUUGCCCACAAGUAUUGGAAAACGAGGAUCACAAUCGAUGUUGUCGAGAAGUUCCUCCGAAUGCAACAAAUGGUAGGUCCAAUUAGGUAUGCCUACACUGACAUCACAGCAAUUACAAGCCAUUUUAGAGAUAAGCUGGGUCAGGGAGGCUACGGGUCUGUGUUCAAGGGCGUGCUAUUGCCGGGCAAUGUUCAUGUUGCUGUCAAGAUGCUAGUGAGCAGCACCAACCGUAAUGGAGAAGAUUUUAUCAAUGAAGUUUCAACCAUUGGGAGGAUUCACCAUGUUAAUGUGGUGCGUUUAGUGGGUUUCUGCCCAGAGGAAAUGAGACAAGCGCUCGUCUACGAGUACAUGCCUCGAGGUUCUCUGGACAAGUAUAUCUUCUCAUCCGAGAAGAGUUUCUCCUGGGACAAGCUCACCGAGAUAGCUUUGGGCAUUGCCAGGGGGAUUGACUACCUGCAUCAGGGGUGUGAGAUGCAGAUUCUGCACUUUGACAUCAAGCCCCACAACAUCCUUCUGGACAGCAAUUUCAUCCCAAAAGUUGCUGAUUUCGGGCUCGCCAAACUAUACCCAAGGGACAACUGUUUUGUGCCAUCAAGAGCCCUACGGGAAACUAUUGGGUACAUAGCUCCUGAGAUGAUAUCACGGAGCUUUGGUGUCAUAUCGAGCAAGUCUGAUGUUUACAGCUUCGGAAUGCUGCUGCUGGAGAUGGCUGGAGGAAGAAGGAACGCCGAUCCAAAUGCACCAAACUCAAGCCAAGCAUACUACCCGUUAUGGGUGUAUGACAGACUAACUGAACAAGAAGUGUGUGAGAUAUCUCCCGUUGCUGACAUGCACGAGUUGGAGAGGAAGCUAUGCAUCGUUGGACUAUGGUGCAUCCAGAUGAAGUCGCAUGAUAGGCCAACAAUGAGCGAGGUCAUAGAGAUGCUGGAAGGUGGCUUCGAUGGCCUGCAGAUGCCUUCGAGGCCAUUCUUCUGUGAUGAUGAGCACACCGCUGUUCCAGAUUCUUACCCUUUGUUAUCCGAGCUGACCGAUAUCUCGGAGGAGGAUGAGAUCUUGGAUUCUUAUGUUUCCCAGGUCCUGUGA